AUGGCCCUUCCCCAACAACGGCGGAAAUGGUGGAAGCUGCAAUGGUUUGCAGACCAGGACACCAAAGAAGAAAGAAAGCUCAUCCUCAAGCUGGACUUACUGAUUGUUCCUUAUGCUUUCCUUGCAUACUGGACUAAAUACAUCGACCAGGCCAAUAUCAACAAUGCCUAUGUCUCUGGCCUUAAGGAUGACCUGGGUCUACAUGGAAACGAGCUUGUUCAGCUGCAAACAAUGUACACUAUAGGAGCAGUGGUUGGCCAGCUUCCUUUUAUCUUCCUCUUCACCAAACUUCCUAUGUCCUGGAUGAUUCCUUUUAUGGAUGUUGCGUGGGGAAUCUUCACGUUGGUGCAGUAUCGGGCAAAUUCUUAUGCAGAGCUUGCUGCAUAUCGCUUCCUUGUGGGUUGGUUCGAAGCGGGUUUCUUCCCGGGAAUGCAUUACAUAUUUGGCUCAUGGUACCGCAGCGACGAAAUUGCCCGUCGAGGAGGAUGCUUUUACGUCGGUCUGACCUUCGGCACUUUAACAGCCAGUCUAAUCCAAGCGGGCGCCUCAAGCCGAUUGGACGGCGUCAACGGACUCGCAGGAUGGCGCUGGAUGUACAUCAUUUGCGCAAUUAUUACACUUCCAGUUGCAAUCCUCGGCUACUUCAUUCUCCCCGGUUCACCUGACAAGCCGAACAAAUUCGUGUUGAAAGAGAAAGACGUCCAGCUCGCCAAAGCCCGAUUAGCGCGAGUCGCACACGAAACGAAAGAGAGUACCCUCUCUUGGCGCACAGUGCUCAGAGUUGGCAGUAAUUGGAAGUUCUGGGCCCUCCUUCUACUGGACAUCUUCUUCUGGAACGCAUGUCUGAAUACCAAUGCCGGUGGAUACCAGCUGUGGCUCAAGAGUCUGGAUAAAUAUCCCACUAGUCGUUUGAAUGAGUUGGCUGCUAUCUCCCCUGCUCUGGGUAUAUUCUACACACUGUUCAUCUGCUUUUCGUCAGACCUACUAUUUGGGCCUGCUUGGGCGAUUACGAUUGCUCAUAUAUGGAACAUCGUCGGGCUGAUAAUUCUUGUCGUUUGGGAACUCUCAGAGUCAACUCUAUGGUUUGCUUUCCUGACUACAUAUUCUUCCGUUGCAAUGUCCAGUGUUCUCUAUGGCUGGAUCAAUAGCCAGCUCCGAGCCUCUCCAGUUGAGCGUGCCCUGACACUGAUCAUUGUCAAUACAAUUGCCCAGUCCACCACGGCAUGGACCCCUCUUUUGGUAUUCAAAACUGUCGAGGGCCCGCGAUUUACAAAGGGCUACUCCUUUGUUCUUGCCAACGCUAUAUGCUUGAUUCUGCUCGCGCAUGUGAUUCAAUACUUCAUUUCACGAGAAGAGAAGAAUAUGUCAAACCGGGAGAGCCUUUCCGAUUCAGAAAGCGCAGGUGUUGCGAGUAGCUUCGAACCGGGUGUUCAAAGCGAUACGCUGCAAGGGAAAGUUGAUACUCAUUGA